UCCAGUACUUGUUGAAACUGCAGCCUUCCCCCUUUGUAGCACACGGAGAGUGGCGAUGUUUUCCUGCAGAGCGGCCUGGCGAAAGUGUGGGCCCUUGGCACGGAGAGCAACCUAUAGGUUGCCCCAGAAUGUUGUGCAGCAACGGCUGAUGUCGUCAGUUCCUGGUGGUUCUGGGGAGAACAUAUUCUAUAUUGUGCUGUGUGGUGGAGUCUUUGUGGGUGCUAUAUCAUAUGCAUAUAGCACAAUGUCCACAGACAGAAUCAGAUACAAUGAGCGCAUUGCACAAAUUAAUGCUCAAUCCAAGGCAGAAUGGGUACCUAAACCAUGGCCACCUAAAAGUGGAAAGGAGGAGGAGGAGGAGGAGGAGGAGGAAGUGGCAGCUAGAGAGGCUGAGCUUGGAGAAGAGGACGGUGCUGCUGACAGCAAGACAGAGACUGUAGUGGAGGCAGUUGAUGAGGUAGUUGCUGAGGUUGCUGAGGUGGUGGAGGGUAGUGCUGAGGUUGUGCAGGACGUGCAAACAGUCACGGAAGAAGUGGCUGGAUCUGCUGAGGGGGCUGCUCAAGCUGAUGCAGAACCGGCGGCCAUUGCUGCUGAGGAACCCAAAAGCAAGGGUAUGACCUCAUCUGAGAAGGAGGCAGUUGCCUCUGAAGCUUGAGGUUCCACACAUUCACUACAGGGAGGCACAUACUAGACACACGCUUAACUAUCUCUAAAAAUGUACAUUACCUUUUGUAUUUAUUGGCGUGGGUAUAAAGAGUCACACUGUGUAAAUUAAGCAUUUCUUCAUUGAAGGAUGACUUGAGAUUUUUCCUGUGUGCAGAUCACUGUGUCUGAUGUCUGUAUUUGUUCCAAUUAUUAUGCGCCCCCGAGAUGCUAAAAACUAGCAAGACCGUCUU